AUGUCUGGCUCUCAGAAACACAUUGUAUUCGACGUUGUCGGGACCUGCGUAUCGUUCGAUGCCUUCUUCGAGGGCAUCGACCGAGUCCUCGGUCCACGCCUGCGAGCACACAACAUCACCCCCCGAUUACUUGGAUUUGCAUGGAUGCAAGCUGCCGAGCUCGAAGACGUCAUGCUCCUGAUGUCCAAACGACACCACCCAUACAAGGAGACCUUCAAAUCACUGUUCUACCGCGUCCUGUAUAUGGCCGGGAUCGAUAACCCGAGAUCAUUUGCGACCGACGAAGAGCGAGACUUGUGCCAGGCGGCGUAUUCCCAGUUAGAGCUUCGCCCCGGAUGCCGUGAAAUGAUCGAAAAACUGCGGGCCAACGGAUUCACUGUCUGGUGUCUGACUACGGGCGAUAGAGAGCGGGUUGGCGGAUACUUCAAGCGCGCAGGCCUUGAUAUGCCCGACGAGAAUCUGGUCAGCUGUCAUGACUUUACGCAGUCUCGCUCGUCUCCGUCAGGCACGAAACACAUUACCAAGCCCGCUAUGGAAACAUACGAGCAGAUGCUGGCUCGGUUUGCUCCGGAAGAUCAGAAGUGGUUUGCGGCGGCACAUAUGUGGGAUGUCAGCGCUGCCGUAAAAGCUGGAUUCCGCGGUGCAUACUGCUCGAUUUAUGAAAAGGAAUCCUGUAUAGACAUUUUCAAUACGAAGAUGGAUGUCACCGCAGCCGGGUUGUCAGAGUUGGCUGACAAAGUCAUUGCCCUGUCUUGA